UGACCGAUCGGGGGGCCGAAACAACACGAAGGACACCAAGGGGUGCUUUGGAACCACCAAUAAGCGUUGCGCAUUUCAAAACAAGCGCCCAAUUAUUAGGGAUUUUGAUUUUAUUAAUUGUCAAAAAUGUGAAAUGUGACUUUAUUGUGUAUAACCUGUUGGCAACCCAAACCGAACAAAAACCUGCAAUACCGACUGUGCUACCUGUCAAUGUCAGAUGUUGAAAGUGUCAAUAAAAAAAGUAAAUAGUGCGAAAAAAUUGUGGAAUGUUUUAAAAUGGUUGAGCCGAUUUUCGACUACCAAUUCCGCCUAAUUUUAAUAGGCGACAGUACAGUGGGGAAGAGUUCAUUGUUGAAAUACUUCACUGAUGGCAAAUUCGCUGAGUUGUCAGACCCCACAGUUGGGGUGGACUUUUUCGCACGACUUAUCGAGGUUAAGGACGGGACUAGAAUAAAAUUACAGCUUUGGGACACCGCUGGUCAAGAGAGAUUUCGCUCAAUCACAAAAUCGUAUUAUAGGAAUUCAGUAGGUGCUUUGUUAGUGUAUGAUAUUUGUAAUAGGGCUAGUUUCGAACAUAUACCGGUUUGGAUGUCGGAAGCUCGACGCCACAUUGAGCCCCACAGGCCUGUCUUUGCUCUAGUAGGUUGUAAGUUAGAUCUUGUUAAUAAUGGGGGCCAACGAGAGGUCUCCAAAGAGGAAGCCAAAGCGUUUGCCGAUCAACAUGGGAUUUUCAAUGUGGAGACGUCGGCGAAAAACGGGAUGAACGUUGAAGAGGCCUUCAGGUCGGUCACACAAGAAGUUUACAAUAGAAUACAAACCGGGGAAUAUAAGGUUGAGGAUGGCUGGGAUGGGAUUAAAACAGGGUUUGCGAGACCCAAUGGGCUAGAUUUUAAUUUAAUUGAGGCCGAACCUGCAAAGUCGUCUUGCUGUUAAAAUUUUAUUAUUAAACUUGUACAUAGAUUAUGUAUAAAUGACCUAAAACUAUAAUAGAUUUCACUUUUAUACUAGAGUAAUUCUGAAUUCACAAGAAUUUAAAGUUACUGUUCAUCACCAUUAGAAAGUUACUUGCGAAUUUAAUUAUACAGAAAUUUCAACAAAUUAACAAUUUAUUUAGUUCAUAGAUUUGUCUGAGUCAUACAGAAAACAUUUGGUGAAGGCAAAAUUUGAAACACCAAUUAAGUAAUGAAAAUGUUUUGUUGAUUUUCCAAAUGUUUUUCUACUUUUUGUGAUAAAAUGAUUCAGUAAGGAACUGUCUAGUCUGGGAAUGUUCAACUGAUUUUGAGGUUGUUUGUCCUUUUUUGUAUAAUGUAUUUAGCACUGCUAGAGUUGUAAGAACCUGAAGAUUAAACUGAUUACAUAUUAA